CGAGAUACCUCUAUUGGUAUUGGGGUCUCCGACUCGAUCGUGGCAGGUUGGAUUUACCCCGUUUUGUCACCGAGAAUAUAGCCUUGCUUAAUAUUCGUUUAACAGUGGAACGGUCAACCGUACAUAUCAGCUCGUACGUUUUUUCAGUGAAACUUCGAAAAGGAAUUGUCUCGGUUUAGGUUGGCUGGGUUACCAUUCAUUUUCUACACAUAGCGUCUGAUUGCUGACAUUUCUUACAUUAGACACGCGACACCAAGGUAUGGCGUUUUUGAGAUCGGUGCCGCGUUGCAGUGCCGGUAAAAAGCUAAGGAAGUGUGUACCACUUCCUGUCGGGUUUCUAGAGAACGUAACGAAGCCAUCGGUGCAGUUGGUGCAGGUGCACGAACGCGAAUACACCGGCACUACUGCUAACGUUAACGUGAAGCCGAUUACUCGUCAGAUUGAUCCUUUGGAUUUAAACUUUAACGAUCCGAUAGCAGCCUUUAAAAGCAAAACCACUAAAGAACUGAUACGUGCUUAUAUUGUUUAUCAACUAUGUUCAAUCGAGUAUAUCGUCGAGAACAAUAUGAAGAUAAUGAAAAUCACCAAGAAGCUGCUUGGCGAAAAACUUUUUACAAAGUUUAUGAAGGCUACAUUCUACGGUCACUUUGUUGCCGGCGAAGACGAGGCGCAGAUCACUCCUGUCCUGGAUAGAUUACGACAGUUCGGUGUAAAACCUAUCCUUGAUUAUUCCGUCGAAGAAGAUAUCUCGCAGGAAGAGGCGGAACGACGCGAAAUACAAGGUUCCGUAUCAGAAGCUGGAGAUGAGAGGAGAGAAGGACCCAUGAAGAAAUACCAUGUUGCAAGACCGUUCGCUGAUCGUCGAUACAAAGUAUCUUCAGCGAGAACGUACUUCUACCUAAACGAAGCUAAUUGUGAACGUAACAUGGACAUUUUUAUUAAAUGCCUAGAAUCUGUAGCCGCGGCUUCAAUGGGAGUUGGUAUUACAGCCAUUAAAUUAACAGCUCUUGGCCGUCCACAACUUCUGCUUCAAUUAUCAGAAGUAAUUAUGCGAGCAAGACAAUACAUGUCAGAUGUAGUUGGGGGUGAGGGUGCCGUUUUAACCCAUCAUGCGAAACCUGAUGAUUUUAUGAAGAAAUUUGAAGAAGCACACAUCAAAGAUGAGGUGACAGUUCAAAAAUUCCUUCAAAAGAUUCAAUCGGAUAAGGAGGGUGUUAUCCAUUUAUUCCCGUGGAGUGGAAUUCUAGACGAGAAUUAUGAACUCAGCGAAACGUUCCAAGUACCCGAUAUUAAGACUGGUAAAAUGGUGAGGCUGAUGUCGCAGCUAACGUCAAAGGAAGAAGAAAUGUUCAGGAACAUGAUAAGACGUCUGAAUAACAUUGUUACGGUGGCUGAUAAGUUAAACGUACGUUUAAUGGUAGACGCCGAACAAACGUAUUUCCAACCUGCGAUAUCGCGAUUAACGUUGGAAAUGAUGCGCAAGUACAAUACACAUAAGGCUGUGGUGUUCAAUACUUACCAAACAUAUUUGCAAGAAGCAUAUAAUGAAGUGAAAACGGAUCUCGAACAAGCUGAACGUCAGAACUUUUAUUUCGGUGCUAAACUUGUUCGUGGAGCGUAUAUCGAUCAGGAGAGAGCAAGAGCGGCAGCUAUGGGUUAUCCUGAUCCGAUAAAUCCUACGUACGAUGCUACUACUGAAUCGUACCAUAAAACUCUGAUGGAAUGUUUAAGGCGGAUGAAACAGUACAAAGAUAAAGGAGAAGAUCCUAAAAAGAUAGGAAUUAUGGUUGCCUCUCAUAACGAGGACACAGUACGUUUUGCUAUCGAGAAAAUGAAGGAGAUUGGAAUCUCACCAGAGGACAAAGUGAUCUGUUUCGGCCAGUUAUUGGGAAUGUGUGAUUAUAUUACAUUUCCGUUAGGUCAGUCUGGAUACUCAGCGUAUAAAUAUAUUCCUUAUGGGCCAGUUCAAGAAGUAUUACCGUAUCUUUCUCGGCGUGCCCAAGAGAAUCGAGGUAUACUUAAAAAAAUCAGGAAGGAAAAAAAUCUUUUGUUAUCUGAGAUAGUGAGGCGCGCCGUGAAGGGGCAAUUAUUUUACAAACCUAAAGGAAAUUAUACUCCCGUUUGAGCAGUUGGUCGUUUCGUUUGCACAGACAGAUUUUAAGCAUCAAACUUAAGUAGUGAUUGUAAAUUAUUAAAAAGAAAAAAAGAUUUGUGGUACGCAGAGCAACGCGAGCGCGUGUGAAUGGAAGUAUAUGCAGUGUUAAUCAUUAUACAAAAUUGCCUUAGUGUGACAAUUAUCAAGUGCAAACUGCUCAAUAUCGCACCAUGUGGUAGAACUAUGUUCAUUGCUCGUUAUGCCCAUUGUCAGAAAGAAAGAAAAAAGAAAAAAAAAAAAAAAGAAACAAACUCUUCAGUGAUAAAACGCUACGACUUUUUAUAAAGAAGAAGCACAUUUUACGCUUUGUUAAAUAAAUUAUCACGUGUUCAAUACACGCCGCAUUCGCUAAUUCUAUUGAACAUGUACAGUCAUUUUUUAAUAAUUUAUUUUAUAAAAAA